CAAAAUUUCAAAAACUUUCAGUAACCGAAGAAAAAGAAGAAACUCCUAAAAAAUUCUAGACCCCUCAUUUUCACUUGCUCUAUGCAAAAGGGUGAUAUGAGUUUAGCUGCUGUGUUAAUACCCAUGUGGGUCUUAACCACCGCUUUGAUUGUGACCAUAAUUGAGGCCAGGCCAGACCCAACAGCUUCCACUACUUCUGCCCACAUUAUGCUACUUGAGGAACAACCCAUUGCUCACUUUUCUUCAAAAAUGGAAGCUCAAUCUCCAGGAGUUCCUGAGGUUAGAGUAAUUCACCAUCAAGAUUUGAACAAGAGCAUUCUAAUAGCACUGAUUGUUGCUUCCACACUGCUUGUUGGAAUUCUUCUGUUCCUUUCAUGUUGUUGGAUCUAUAGACAGAAAUUGUUGAACCACUCCAAUGGGAAAAGGCAAAAGACAAACGAGGUUUCAAUAGGGACGCCAUUGAGUGCACUUAUGGUUGAAUUUAAUUCCUUGAGGUUGGGGAAUAGGAAGGGCUCGGUUGUUGUAUUCAGUUAUCAAUUGCUGGAAGCUGCAACAGACAAGUUCAGUGAAAGUAAUGUUUUGGGCGAGGGUAGUUCUGGACCUGUUUACAGAGCUAGUUUUGAUGGCAAAUUCAUUGCAGCUGUUAAGAGAGUAAACAGCAUAAGACAGGAUGCUGAAAGAGAAUUUGAGAAUGAGGUGAACUGGUUGGGAAAAAUCCUUCAUCAAAACAUCAUCAAACUUUUGGGUUAUUGUGUUCAUGGAAAGACAAGGUUUCUUGUGUAUGAAAUGAUGCAGAAUGGCUCAUUGGAAACUCAAUUGUAUGGACCUAAUCAUGGAUCAUUUUUGACAUGGCAUCUGCGGUUGAAAAUAGCUGUUGAUGUUGCCAGAGGAUUGGAAUAUCUUCAUGAGCACUGCCAUCCGCCUGUGGUGCAUAGAGACCUGAAGUCAUCUAACAUUCUUCUGGAUUCCAAUUUUAAUGCUAAGCUUUCAGACUUUGGUGCUACUGUCACGUCGGGGAUGAAGAGUAAGGAGAGCAUAAAGCUAUCAGGAAAUUUGGGCUGUGUAGCACCAGAGUAUAAUUUGGAUGGUAAGUUAACGGACAAAAGUGAUGUCUAUGCUUUCGGAGUAGUUCUUUUGGAACUCUUGAUGGGAAGAAAGUUGGUGGAACAUAAAGCAAUAGAUGAAUCCCAAUCUAUUAUCACAUGGGCCAUGCCCCAGCUCACUGACAGAUCAAGGCUUCCCAACAUUGUGGAUCGCGUGAUAAAAGAUACCAUGGAUUUAAAACACUUGUACCAGGUUGCUGCUGUGGCAGUACUAUGUGUGCAACCUGAACCAAGUUAUCGACCUUUAAUGACAGAUGUACUGCACUCGCUAAUCCCUCUUGUGCCUGUGGAUCUUGGAGGGUCGCUGAGAAUUGCAGAUUACAUACCCUCUGUUUCAGCCGAACCUUCCAACUGA